AUGGACGCCGCGUGUGGUGCGGAAGCCUUUGAGAGGGUGACGGGGGUCAUGCUGGGACCCCGAAAGACGUGGGACCUCAGCCACUCCCCCUGUCUGCAGGACCUGUGGAAAAGCGACAUUUCCUUGGAUGCCAGCACUCUGGAAUUCCUGAUGAGCGAAGGGGAGGACGACGCCUCCUUCCUGUCUCUGCCCAGCCCUGCCUUCUCGCGGCGAUCCCCGCCCAGCCAGUCGGACGUGCCCGGGCCGCUGCCGUUGCAGCUCACCCAGACGCCCCAAGACCAAGCCUGCCGCCUUCAGGCUUUCCUCGACCCGGUAGAAGAAAACGACGGACGUCGGCGGCAGCACACCGUGGAGGAGCGGACAGCGGCGCCAGGCGCCACGGAUAAAGAGCAGCUGAGCGCUCGCUUGCAGGUGGAGGAACCGGAGAAGAAGCUAGCGGAGCAAACACGGGAAGCGGAGAGACUUUGCUCGGCUUCGGGGGCGACGGACUUGGAGAAGCGCCUGGAGCUUCUGGAGGCGGAGAACAUGAAUCUCAAGCGACGGCUAACUUGUCAGGAGGCGGAGUAUCCUUACCGACAGAGAGACCGCCUCCCGGCGGAGGCGGACCACGGCGGGCGACCACGGAGUGCCGCGUCUACGCAGACGGCAGAGGAGGCGGAGUCCGGCGACGUUGAGUCUUCGCUUCGUGCGCAAAACCUUUUGCUCCAGGAGCAAGUUUGCGUGCAGCGCCACCUGCUGAGGGAGUUGGAGACGCAACUGCAGCAGUCGCAAAGGACGUGCGCUCAACUCAGGACGCAGGUGGCGCUGUACGACGGCGAAGCGGAGCGCGCCCGUAAGCGACUGGACGGCGAGCUGAUGCGAUUGAAGGAGGAGAAGGAACGCGUGGUGGAGGAGGCCUUCGUCAGGGCCGAGACCCAAAUGGAGGCCGUGCGGGAUAACCUGGCAGGAGUGCGCCUGAAGCUACUGGGUCUUCACCCCGCUUUGAGGACGCUCACCAGCGAUUACAACGCACUUAAGAAGCAAGUGCAUCACUUCCCCGCUAUGCUGCGGAACGCCAUCGAGGACGCCAAGCACGAGAUCUGUCAGGUGAUCAGUGAGGUGAGCGUGACCAACCAGAAGCUGCUGGACAAGUACAAACGUGAGAUGAACCUGAGAAAGAAGAUCCACAACCAGCUGGUGCAGCUUAAGGGCAACAUCCGCGUGUUGUGCCGCGUGCGUCCUGUCGACGGCGAGGAGAGCGUGUUGACCUUUGACCCGGAUGACGACGGCAUCCUCUACCUGGACAACAAGGGCAAAGUGGUGACCUUUGACCUGGACAAAGUUUUCCCGCCUCAGGCAACCCAAGAAGAGGUUUUCCAGGAAGUGGAGUCGCUGGUGACGUCGUGUAUCGACGGCUUCCACGUCUGCAUCUUCGCUUACGGACAGACUGGAUCGGGAAAGACGUACACUAUGGACGGCGUUCCGUCGGACCCGGGCCUGAACCAACGAGCUCUGCGCCUCCUCUUCUCACGAGUCUGCUCCAAAAGUCCCGAGUGGGACUUUCACAUCUGCGUCAGCAUGCUGGAGAUUUACAACGAAACCCUCAGGGACCUUCUGGGCGACAAGCGGGCCGACAAGCUGGACAUCAAGAUGAACCCCGACGGCAGCGGGCAACUUUACGUACCCGGACUGACGCGCGUCGCUGUGCGCACGUUGGAAGACGUCAACCAGGUUCUGGAGGCGGGGCGAGCCAGCCGAGCCACGGCCAGCACCGACCUCAACCGGCGAAGUUCUCGCUCGCACGCCCUGCUGAUGGUCAGCGUGUCGGGAAUCAACGCCACCACGGGAAGCCGCACGCAAGGGAAGCUGAACCUGGUGGACCUGGCCGGUUCCGAGCGGGUGCGCAAAUCUGGCGCCGAGGGCGGCCGCCUGCGAGAGGCGCAGCACAUCAACAAGUCGCUGUCGGCGCUAGGCGACGUCAUCAACGCGCUGCGAUGCAAACACGCCCACGUUCCCUUCAGAAACUCGCGCCUCACCUUCCUACUGCGGGACAGCCUCACGGGCGACGGAAAGACGCUCCUCGUCGUGCAGGUGUCUCCGGUGUCGACAGACGCCGGCGAGUCGUUGUGUUCGCUGAAGUUCGCUCAGCGCGUCCGCAGCGUGGAGCUCAACGCCUCCGGCUCCGCCGCCGGGAGGCCUGACAGCCGCUCGGCCUCGUCGUCGCCCACGCGCCAAAGCUCGGAGAUGGAGUCUCCGCCUCUGAGCCUAGGGCCCCUCCCCUUAUCUCGUAGCAGCAGCGCAGGCUCCUCCCUAAACUCCGCCUCCAGACCGCCCGCCGGCUCUCGGCGCAAAUCCAAUUCGCAGCUUCCCGCGGGUAAGCGCCGGCGUGUUACCAUUGAUUUGGAGUCAGCAGAAGGCGAGCAGUCGGGUAAGUCCGUCCCUCUUCGCGACGGACAGUUAGCCGUCAAGACCGGACGCUGUCCAUCCCGUGACGUGUGGAGACGAGACGGCGGGACAGAGAAGCACUUUAACUUUUCACCUGGCGGCGUUUCCCUUAAGUCCUCCUCCGUGUGA